GCAUUUUCACUGUUGGAUGUCGGGUCGUUGCUUGCGGAUCAUUCAGUUUGAAACAUUGUAACUUUGGUCUGAAAGUGCAUUAGUUGGGUCGAAAGCUUUGCAAAUUAUUUAAAGACAUUAUAUUUGCUUUAAUUUUUUGGUGAACGUGGAACAUUGUUGGUAUUAAGUGUAUUUUCUGCUUUAGUUUGUAAAAGGGUUUUUUGAAGACACUAGUGCUUGUUAGAGAAUUGAAAUAAGACAUUGAGGUGUUAUUUUCCACUUAAUAUUUCCAUAGCAGGUAUAUUUUGGUGUAUGGGUUAGCAAACAAUAUACAUACAAAAACAGACAAGGCGAGGAAAGAUAUAAAAAGUGGUUUUGUAAACGGAAAAUAGAGGAAAGCAUAUUCAGAGAUGGCUAGAAAGGAGGUGGAAAUGAAUAAUAAUAUGGAGAUCUUUACUAUCAAGUUGGAGCAGAACGGUCCAAUGGAAAAACUGACGAACAUCGAGCUUACAGACAUCCAAUGUGAGGAGGCUAAGCCCCGCAGCUUUGCUGUCCCCUCCGGCAUCAGCUUACAGUCGGAUGAUGUUGAGACGUCCUAUGGAAACAUCCAUGUGGCCAUACAAGGUGACCGCAGUAAACCGGCCAUCUUUACUUUCCACGACAUCGGACUUAACCAUACCACAUGUUUCCAGGGUUUCUUCAACUACCCAGAGAUGCAGCCAAUGAUGAAACACUUCUGUGUCUACCACCUCAACGCCCCCGGCAUGGAGGAGGGGGCCAUGAGCCUCAAACCUGAUUUUGUGUACCCGACAAUGGAUGAACUGGCAGAAGCUGUUCUCACCGUGGCUGACCAUUUUGGUGUGAAGAGGUUUAUCGGAUUUGGAGUCGGCUCUGGGGCUAACAUUCUUGGCAGGUUUGCUCUGACCCAUCCUAGCCGUGUGGAUUCUCUGGUGCUGGUCAAUGCAACGUCCACCAAGCCUGGAUGGAUAGAGUGGGGAUAUCAGAAGAUGAACUCGUGGUACCUGUGGAGUGGCCAGAUCACCAACUUCACUGAGGAGUACCUUCUCUGGCACUGGUUUGGAUAUAAAACACGUUGGGACAACCACGACCUAGUGAUGGUCUACACUGAUUAUGUGAAAUCCAUCAACCCACAGAACCUCUCACUGUUCAUAGAGUCUUACCUCAAGCGAUCUGACCUGAACAUGUUACGAGAGCUGGACAGUAUCAAGAAAGCCACAGUCCGGACCGUCAAGUGCCGUACUCUGAUGUUGGUUGGCGAUGAUUCCCCGCAUUUAGAUGACGUAGUUGAUAUGAACGGACGUAUGAACCCGGAGGAAACCGACUUCAUGAAGAUCAGUGAUUGUGGAGGUAUGCCGUUGGAGGAGCAGCCGGGGAAAGUGUGUGAGUCGUUCCGUCUCUUCCUACAGGGAAUGGGAUACAUCCCAACAUUGAGGCCGACCAACAAACCCAGCCAGUAUGUAACACCAGUCAGCAGGCCAAAUGUACUCACCAAAUCAGAAAUUUCCUCUCAAGCAGUGUGCUGAUUCUGACCAAUCAGAGUGCUUGUUACAAGACACCUGCAUUCGAUACUACUGUGAAGCCAAUUGGCUGGUAUUGCAAGAGGUCGUUGUUGUUGUUGCUGUUGUUGUUUAAGAGUUGUCUCACAUACUUUAUGUAAUGUUAAACAGGAUUUCAAUACCACAACACUUUAAAUACAAAGAUUUUGUGCAAAAAAAUACCAAUUCAUAAUUGAGGUCACAUUUCUACCCUCAUACAAUUUCUAUAUUUUGUAUGAAUCUCAGCCCAGUUUUGCCUUUGUAUUUGAUACAAAGGAUGGUUUGCUUAUAGCUUCUUGUACAAGCAAUAUUGUGAUACUGUGUUGUGAAAGUCUACUUUAUUUUGUAAAUAGGAGUUUAUGGACAUUAUGUGGAAUCUUUUUGUGUACUGUUUUGAGAAUAGUUACUUUUUAUUUACUGCAUUUAUUUAGAUGUCAGAAACGUACAUUUGGUGAAAUGCCUCCUGUAAACUGUGUAUAUACUGUAUGUAACAAGCUUUGUAUAAAGUGUAUGUGUAUCAUAGUUCUUAGAACUAUUAAUGUUAAUGUGCCUGGUGCUCAUGUUGUAAAAAUUCCUACUGGUCAUUUCCUCCGUUUUUAAUUCUCCAACUGGUUAUUUCCUCAAUUGUAAGACACCCAAGUGGUUAUUUCCUUAAUUGUAAGACACCCAAGUGGUUAUUUCCUCAAUUGUAAGAUACCCAAGUGGUUAUUUCCUCAAUUGUAAGACACCCAAGUGGUUAUUUCCUCAGUUGUAAGACACCCAAGUGGUUAUUUCCUCAGUUGUAAGAAACCCAACUGGUUAUUUCCUCAAUUGUCAGAAACACAACUGGUUAUUUCCUCAGUUGUAAGAAACCCAACUGGUUAUUUCCUCAAUUGUCAGAAACCCAACUUGUUAUUUCCUCAGUUGUAAGAAACCCAACUGGCUAUUUCCUCAAUUGUCAGAAACCCACUGGUUAUUUCCUCAAUUGUCAGAAACCCAACUGGUUAUUUCCUCAGUUGUAAGAAACCCAACUGGUUAUUUCCUCAGUUGUCAGAAACCCAACUGGCUAUUUCCUCAAUUGUCAGAAACCCAACUGGUUAUUUCCUCAAUUGUCAGAAACCCAACUUGUUAUUUCCUCAGUUGUCAGAAACCCAACUGGCUAUUUUCUCAAUUGUCAGAAACCCAACUGGUUAUUUCCUCAAUUGUCAGAAACCCAACUGGUUAUUUCCUCAAUUGUCAGAAACCCAACUGGUUAUUUCCUCAGUUGUAAGAAACCCAACUGGCUAUUUCCUCAAUUGUCAGAAACCCAACUGGUUAUUUCCUCAGUUGUCAGAAACCCAACUGGCUAUUUCCUCAAUUGUCAGAAACCCAACUGGUUAUUUCCUCAAUUGUCAGAAACCCAACUUGUUAUUUCCUCAGUUGUCAGAAACCCAACUGGCUAUUUCCUCAAUUGUCAGAAACCCAACUGGCUAUUUCCUCAAUUGUCAGAAACCCAACUGGUUAUUUCCUCAGUUGUAAGAAACCCAACUGGCUAUUUCCUCAAUUGUCAGAAACCCAACUGGUUAUUUCCUCAGUUGUCAGAAACCCAACUGGCUAUUUCCUCAAUUGUUAGAAACCCAACUGGUUAUUUCCUCAAUUGUCAGAAACCCAACUUGUUAUUUCCUCAGUUGUCAGAAACCCAACUGGCUAUUUCCUCAAUUGUCAGAAACCCAACUGGUUAUUUCCUCAAUUGUCAGAAACCCAACUGGUUAUUUCCUCAAUUGUCAGAAACCCAACUGGUUAUUUCCUCAGUUGUAAGAAACCCAACUGGCUAUUUCUUCAAUUGUAAAAAGGAGCACAAUUCUCUCCAAGGAACAUAUAUAUGAACACAAUGUUGUUACCAAAUAUGACAUAUGUUUAGGAUAAAACCUGCUACUUUGACAAGCAUGAAUAGAGUUGCCACAAAAUGUUCAUAUUGCUGAAAAAUUGUAUGGAGAGUCUUCUAAUAAGGUUACCUCCAAAUAUUGUUGUAUUCUUGCUUGUACUUAAGUCAAAAUGUAUGCAAUAAUUAAGUCUUAAUUCAAAUUACAAUCAUAAUAAAAUAUUUGAAAUAGUUGUCCAAAGAAUUACUACAUCUUUUCACAUAGGUACAUGUACAUUGCUUUUCAAAACUUGAUUAAUUUUACUAGUCCGACAAUUUCUCAGGUGAACUGUAUUGAUUGUCUACCUACAAAUAUACCUGUACAUUUUAUAUGCUUCAAAAGUUGUCAAGGUGCGGCAUUCAUGAAACUUCUUUCUUAAGUCAUUUAAAAACUUAAGCCCUUUUUCUAAUUUUAGUAUCUCUUUAGGCAUAUGAAAUAGAAUAUAAAGAAUAAAACAUUUUUAUUGAUGUUAUAGAAAAAAAAAUGUUAAGAUCAUUUAGACAUUUCUUUUAAUUUGACUUUGAAGGUUUUAAGAAAUCAACUUAAGUCAGGAAAUGACUUUAAAUGCAGAAGUUGCAAAUUAAAUGCAAAUAUUGAUGAUAACAUCUAACUUCAGGCAUCACAAUGUUUUAACAUGAUUAUUAAGACAUAGUUUGAUCCAUUUUGUAUGAAACAAUUUACAUGUGCAGUUUAAUCAGUUGUAACAUAAGUGUGUAUAUAUAUUGUUUCCUUUAGUGUUAUUAUUUGUACAUACAUGUAAACUUACUUUCAAAUGGACACUGUCAAAUAAUGAUACAAAAAUGUGUCAUUGACAUAGAAAAUGAGCUCCACUGCUUCAAUUUAAAUAAAACCUGUAAUGUUGUCAUCUUUGAAAUUCUUAUUUUCAUUGUUUUUCAGUAUCAUAUAAACACAUAGAUGCUUAUUUACAGAAAGUUCAUGAUAAUGGCAGUCAGAAAGAGUGGAGCAAUUCUGCUGUUAUGUAUGACUAGAGUUUAAAUGGCAUUGUCAGCAUAUUCAAAUAUUGUAUACUUGGAUAACAUGUUGAAGAAUAUAAAAGCCGCUUGACAUUGUUUGUAUGAAUCUGUGUGUUUAGUUACUCCUGCAUUGUAUGAGCUUAUGUAUAGUCAAUUGUCUUUACGAACUUCAUUUGCGAAAUUAUACUCGUCUGUGCUUUGUUCUUAUCACCAAUGGACAUGAUGUACAUGAAAGGAAAAUCAGAAGUUGAGUGCCUGUGUUGGUUUCCAAACAAGGAACUUAUCAGCCUUUGGAUUCCCCUCACCAUAGGAAUAGAAGAUUUGAGACCAAACAAGGAUCACUGGCUAAUAGAUAGUUGCUGUUAGUUAACUACACACAUUAGUAAAAUUACUUACUUUUCCUAUUUCUAUACAAAGAAACACCACUACCAACCAACUACCUGUCAAAGCUUGUAUCGGAAACAGUGUUUGGAUAAAGGCAUUACAAACUUUCAAAUACCUGAAUUUUUGCCCCUGAAUCAUUUCUUAUAUCCAUGACCCCAUGGUUUGCUAUGAACUUGCUGCUUGCUAAAUGAGAACACUGGUCGCUUUUUGAGCACUUUAUAUGAAUGAAUUCUUGUGUUCCUGUUAUAAUACACAUUCCAUAUUAUAAUUAUCUUCUUUGGCAGAGAGUGUCGGCUCAUCCAAAUCUUGAGUGUAGAGUGUUUUGCGGUAAUAAGGUUUACCGAGUUUCUGCAGAACACCCUGUGCAAUGGUCGGGAUGAACCUAUCUUACACGAGCGGUCAUGGUAGAUGUUUUUUCUCCCACCUCGGUUUAACAAAAUAUAGUAAAAAAUUAUUUUAAUUUAUUUUUUUACAUACGGGUACUUUUUUAUCUUUGCCCGUGGGCAAGUUAAGGAUUUCAAGCAUGGUCAAAUAUUCAGAUCUACUUAACUGGGAUGAGAGAAACAAAUAUUCUGUGUUCAAACCUGCAAUACACCUGUACAAUGUUUAUUUGCUGUGUUUUUAAUAGUUCAUGGGUAUUAAAUCUUUAUGAUUACAUUCUAUGUUACGUUUUUUGUCAACAUAUUGAUUUUAGGAUCAGCCUAUGUAAUAGUUAACAUUUUUUAUUUUGGUAAUAUGAAGUUUUCUUUGAUGGUUGGCAAAAUAGAUAAAUAACAAAUUUUGCUGAUUUAUAAGAUUUGUAACAAGACCAGCUGUUUUCUUUCUAUGUUUAUCAUCUGAAUGCACCUUGGUAUUAGAGUGUCUCAGAAUCUCAAAAGAAAAACACUUAUUUUAUGAUAGAAAUCAUGUCCAUUUUCUACAGCCAGUGCCAAAAUCUGAAUUUUAAGACCAUAGUUUUGAUGUUUUCUGUCUACAUAUGUAAUGGAUGAUUACACUAGUUUAUACAUGUGAAGAUUUCUAAAUAGUAUUCAUUAUAAUACCAUUGAAUUCUUUUAAUGUUUUUUUUUCUGGAAGGACUUGUUUUAAUGAGUUUCAAAAAAGUAUUUUUUUAUAAAAUACUUUUUAUUAAAACAAUGUGGUCUUAUUACAAAUCAUUAUUCAUUUAUGUUCUGAAGUUAUUUGAAAAGUACGUGAUAAAAGGAAUUAUGCAAAACUGUUCUAUCCACAUAUAAAUUUGAUAUCAUCUUUUCAUAUAAACGGAUGUUUUGAUUCUUUAUUUACUGUACCACAUGAAUAAAAGUCAGGAAAAUA